GCCAGCUGUUUUGGCGGGAAAACUGAAUGAAUCAAACGUUUCCACGUUAUUUUCACUGUAAGGAGGCGGUUGAGGUCAGUUAUGAACCAAAACACUGAGCGGAAACGUCCACCGCCCUUGAAAGUGCUGUCCGGUCAGCUGAGGACCGCAGAGAACCGGGGAACGACAGACGGCGGGGAUGGGUGUGUUAUUAAGCUGAAAAAAGGUCGCACUUUGCAGGCGUCGCUGGUGUGGAUGCAGGGGACGGUGCUGGAGGUUCAUCUGGACAGAAACACCGUACUGCUGAUUGAUGAGACAGGGACGUUUGCCGUUCAGGGUGUCAACAAUAUCCCCAGAGGCAAACCAUGUCUGUCCCAAGGUAAGGAAGACAGAUCACCUGAUCCAUUACAUAUCUGAUGUUCACAGCUCUGGUGCAACACAAACAUAACUGCAACUGCAGUAAAUGCAUAACUGCAUAAAUGCAACAUAAAAUGAGACCAUUAGGAACCAAACAAAAACAUAAAAUGGUUAAAAAAGAGAAUGCAUUUAAAAGGGUGGUUAAAAGUGGAAAACAGGAUAGUAAAAAUAAAAGACAAGAUCAAUAAUGAUAAUAAAAUAAUAAGUAAUAGUGAUAAUAAUAGUAAUGUAAUAAAACAGAGCAACAGAAAUGGGCAAAAGAAUAAACAAUCAAUGGCCUAAAACACAGGUGUUAAACUCAAGGCUUGGGGGCCAAAUCUGGCCCGUGGAACAAUUAUAUCUGGCCCACAAGAUCAUAUUAUAUUUGUUUUAUUAUUAUUGGCCCACCAGUAUGAAGUUUGCAGAUUUCCUCCAGUAUAUAGUGUAUAGUGUAAUAACUUUUUCCUCCGGUGUAAUAAUAUAAUCUUUAGCACCAUUAUUAAAAAUGCUCUAAAUUAGCCACAAAAAUCUUGGAAAUUAAAGAGCAAGGAAGAUUUGAUAAAUAGUCAAGAAUGUGGUGGAAAAAAUAUUUGAUGUUUUAUUUCAUGUUUUAAAUUUUGUAUUUCAAGAUUACAAGUCAAAUAUGAUUGGAUUUUUUAUUUCAUGCUUUGAUUUUGUUCAACUCAGUAUUUAGACUUGUCAUUUUUAUACUUUAGUUUCCAAUUUUAAAUCUUAAGUCAUAUUUUGACCUUGUAUACCUGAUUUCAACAUUCUCUUCAUGCAUUUGCUCUUUCAAAGCAUUAUUUCUCUAUUUUUAACAUCAUGCUCUGAUCUUUUGAACCAAUAAAUAAAAUAGAAUAAAAAAUAAAAAUGAAAAAAAUGUUUCUAUCUCAGAUUGCCAUUAAACGUAUCUUUUUUGGAUUUCAAAAUGAUUUAUAAGCAUUGCUGUUUUUGUUUUGCAUAUUUUUUGAAAAAGAGGUUGACAGUUUUGGUGAAAUGUUGACCCUGUUUGCCCCUCAGGUUAGACCUAAAUCCAGAUUAUGGCCCUUGCUGUAGUUGAGUUUGACACCCCUGACCUAAAAGGUUAAUUAACUAAAGAGUAUAAGUAUAACAAAAGCUAAAAAUACAGUAAAGCUGAAAUAAGAUAGAGGUAAAAGAGGUAAGAGAUGGCAGGUAAAAGACAAAAGACGGCAUCAAGUAAAAGCAAGUCCGUAAAAAGUGAGUUUUUAAAUUACUUAAAAGAAGUGACUGUCUCUGCACGCCUCAUCUCCUAUGGCAAGUCGUUCCAAACUUAAGGAGCUCUGACGGUAAAAGCUUUAUCACCUUUGGUUUUGAGGCUCGACUUUGGAUCUCACCAUCUUUGUUCUCUUGAUUGAAUCUAUUGCGGCUGGAGAGGAAUUUACCAUCCACUGCUUCCUUUUACAGGUAAAUAUGUCAUGGUGAUGGGUGUCAUCCUCGCCCUCUCCCCUGAGCCGGUCGUCCGUGCUGUGAAGAUGGCAGACCUCUCAGAGCUCGCUGCUGUUCACAGACGGAUGUGGAAGCUGGAGGUGGAAGAGCUGCAGCAACUGUUGGCCUGAAUGUAGAGGGAGCAUGCUGCUGCUGCUGCUUUAAUGUGUGUCUGUCUGAGUGUGAGGUACAAAACUGAUUGUUCUUAAAGUAAACCUCCAUGAACUGAACAGAGAAGUCGCCUCGAGGGAUCGUCUGUGGGAGUAUUAAUACGAGCGUAACAAAGACUUUUGUUUAUUUAUGAAAAUGACUGUAUGCUCCGCUUUGCCCCGAACUGUCUAGGGAGAGUCUUUCAGAAUAAAAGUGAAGUUGAAGGGUCCAGUAAAAUCGUUAACACAUAUUUAUCUAUCUGUGAUCUUUCCUGACAUCUGCCCUAGUUUACUCUUUCCAUCAUUGAGUUGCUGGUGCUUGAGAAGAAAAGUACCAACUCUCAUCAAAACAUCCAUUUAGAGAUGAUGGUUCAAAGGGUGAUUUUAAAAACAAGUGAGAUUUUUAAACACUUUCAGCUCUUUUUAAACUACGUUAAUGUAUACAGCAUUAAAACUGGCAAUUUGGUAUGAUGUUGAAAGUGUUUUUUAAUGGACAACUUAUUGGCAACUAAACAGCGAUUAUUAGGGCCGGGUUCAUUUUUGCUUUUGAAAUGGGUGCAAUGUAACUCUUGUCUUUAAUAUUUUGAUGGUACAAACCUGAACUCAUGACAAUUUUUACCUUUAAUAAGAUACACUAGACAUGGAAAUCAGUGCCAAUAACUAUAAUAAAAAUAGUCUAGCUGA